GCAGACAGAAAAAUGGCGGACCUGAGGAAAAUCUGUCCUGAAUCUCUGCUUUGCUAUGUCAACUAUUCACGAAAAGCUUUAUUUCAAGGGAAGUUUUUUGUCCUCCUCUGCAUGCUCAUUGUGGAUUCUGGAGGUGCUACAACACACUGGGUUGUCACGGAAGAUGGAAAAAUUCAACAACAAGUUGACUCUCCCCUGAAUCUAAAGCAUCCACACGAUGUUGUUAUCUUCAUGAGACAAGAGACUCGUGUUAAUUACCUCAAGAAGCUGGAGAAGCAGUUGGUGGCUCAGAAGAUACAUAUAGAGGAGAAUGAGGACAGGGACACGGGUCUGGAGCAGAGACACUACAAAGAGGACGCUGACUGCAUCAUGGCUAAGGUGCCUCUGGGAGACCUGGACCUGUACGACGGCACUUACAUCUCAUUGGAGGGCAAAGACAUCAGGCUUGAAGACUACAUGGAUUCCAGGUCAGCUCUUCCCCCAGAUCUCGAAAAGCCAGACUGUGGCAAAGUGUUCGAACUACCUUAUAGCAUUCACGCUUUCCAGCACCUCAGGGGUGUGCAGGAAAGAGCAAACCUUACCUCCCCACUGCUCUCUAAGGAGGAUCCUAUAUUUGGCUCAUUGUCUCAUAAGCUGGGACACAGUAUUGACGAGGUGGGCCAUCGCAUCCAUCAAGGGUUACUGAGGAACUCAUCAUCUUGGGUGUUGUACAACUUGGCAUCCUUCUACUGGCGCAUGAAGAACGAGCCACAGAAAGCAGUGGACUGUGUGGUGCGUGCUUUGCAUUUCUCCCCAAGGCAGCACAAGGAUGUCGCCCUGGUUAACAUGGCCAACAUCCUGCAUCGUGCCCAUUUCUCAGCAGAUGCUGCUAUUCUCGCCCACGCUGCCCUGGAUUUGACCUCGGAUCUGUUCACUAGUCACUACACCUUAGGCAACAUUUAUGCUAUGCUCGGGGAAUACAACCACUCAGUGCUGUGCUACGAGCAGGCGCUGCAGGCCCGUCCAGGCUUUGAACAGGCCGUGAGGAGGAAGCACGCCGUGCUCUGUCAGCAGAAGCUGGAACAACGCCUGGAAGCCCAGCACAGGUCCCUGCAGCGGACUCUCAAUGAGCUGAAGGAGUAUCAGAAGCAGCAUGACCACUACCUUCGCCAGCAGGAAGCGCUAGACAAACACAAGGUUCUGCAGGAGGAGCAGAUCCUUCGCAACAUCAUCCAUGAGACCCAGAUGGCAAAGGAAGCCCAACUGGGGAACCAUCAGAUGUGUCGACUGACCCAGCAGCAGCGCAGUCUUUCCUGCUCGUUUGACCUGCCCGUGCGCUAUCACCGCGGUGAUCUCUUUGAACAUGUUCACUAUGUCCAAUUUGGGGAGGAGGUGUCUGUGGCAUCCAGUGUGGCACUUGUGUCUGAGCGCAACUCAAACCAGACUGCUGCAAACCCCCAACUUCAUCCCUCUGUGUCUGGAGACCAGGACCCUGCAGUCACCCUGUGGGCCAGCGGUCAGGCUCAUACGCAGGACAUGCAAAGGAUAUUGUGGCCCCAGAGGACUGACUGUGCUCACAAGUACCCCACCGUUCCCCCUGCUCACCUGCUGCCGACAUACUACCUGCCUCCUGAAACACAAGGCCUGAGUCCAGUGUCAACUCUGCUGUAUGGGAACAGCAGUCCUCCACAGAGUGUUGUCCUGCCUGCUUGUGAUCCUGUCCCUCAGCCUUAUCCAGCCCUUUUGCCUGCCUCACUAGACUGGACUGUGGAAGGGCAGGAGCUUCCAGAUCCCUCUGCUUCCCGAAUACUACAGUUUCGUAGUGUAGGGUGGACGCUCGAGCAGAUUGGCUCCAGAAUAUCUCAAGCUAUGAAACAAGACAGCGUUCCCCAUUGGCAAGUCUACAAUGAGGCAGCUUUAUUCUGGCGGGCCAAAGGCAAUGGCAGCCGUGCUCUGCAGUGCCUGCGCCAUGUGCUGGGCUCAACCCCACCUUCUCAUCGCCACCUGCCCCUCACCAAUGCUGCUAACCUACUGCUGCACCACGGUUUGGCCCCCCAUGCACAGUCACUACUGGAACAAGCAUUGGCACUUAAUGUGUCAGAGCCACACAUCCUGCUCAGCCUGGUGAGCGUGCAGUUGGCCCAGGGCAAUGUGACAGGUGCUCUGGCCUCGUUCCGCCACACCCUGGAGAUGGCGUUGUCGUCCUCCACUUCAUUCUCCUCGUUUGCUGGCUGUGACCAGUGUCGCGCCAGCCUUCCUCUGCUGCGCUGCCUGCAGUUCUACCCCUUCCUUUACAAUCUCUCACACCAACAGUCCUGUUCACAGGGUGCUGCCUGCAUGGCUGAGGAAGAUUUUGGAAUCCAGCUGGAGGAGUGGGAAAGCAGCGAGGAGAAGCAAGACGCAGAGUCUGUUUCUGCCAUGGAGGACUCUUUGUUGUUUAAAAAGGUCAUCUUGGACAAUAACGGGUCAGACGAGGUAACUGGCCAGCAGGGCGCACCUUCAUCCAUGUCAGGGACAGGUAAAAUGACCUCUGCUUUUGGAGGUGAAGAAGUGGAGGAGGAGUGGCAGCUCAAAGAGGACCUGAUGGGAGCAUUUGAAGGGGCCCUUGAUGUUGGAGGCAAACAUGGAGACUUGCGAGGUAUCCGGGUGCUGAAGAAUGACCGUGUUAUAGGUGCACGAGCCGGCGGAGGGCCCUGCUUUGGAAACUGUGAGGAUGAUGAAGGAACAGAAUGGAUUACUUUCCAGGUAAAGCGGGUACGAAAAACUAAAGCCGAUGGGACAGAGUUUGUUGCCAGCUCGGACGACAGCCAGAACGAGGAGUUGCUUCUCGGCGGAAACUCUGUCUUGGAGAUCAGUGGACCAACUAUCCCAUCCCCUGGACCUUCAGGCCGCUGGAAGGACUAUGCCAGUCUAGGCUGGCCAGGCCCGGAGGAGUGCCAGCGAACACGAAGGGUAGACCUCACAACUGUAGCUAGCACCUGGUUGGCUGUCUCUGCUAAGAACAUUGAUAUCACAGAACAUAUAGACUUUGCAACGCCACUCCAGGAGCCAGCUGCUGAGCCUUUAUGUAACGGAAACCUAGCCGCCAGCAUGCACACUCUCGAUCACCUAGCAGGUGUAGCCAAUCGAGCCGCCAUCCACUACACUGGAGAAAGCCAGCUUCGCGAGGUCCUGCAGAAUCUUGGCAAAGAUAAGUUCUCUGCUCAGUCCUUUGAGCAGGUGGGCACACGCAUUGCUAAAGUACUAGAGAAGAAUCAGACUUCAUGGGUAUUAUCCAGUAUGGCUGCUUUGUAUUGGAGGGUGAAAGGUCAAGGCAAAAGAGCCAUCGACUGCCUGCGCCAGGCCCUAAACUAUGCCCCUCAUCGCAUGAAGGAUGUGCCUCUCAUCAGCUUGGCCAACAUCUUCCAGAAUGCUCGACUGUGGGAUGAUGCACUGACAGUGGCUCGCAUGGCAGUUGAAAUUGCACCGCACUUUGUUGCAAACCACUUCACCCUCGCCAACGUCUAUAUAGCUAUGGAGGAGUUUGAGAAGGCCAUGCGCUGGUAUGAGUCAACGUUAAAGCUGCAGCCAGAGUUCGCCCCUGCCAAAGACCGACUGAGAACCAUUCAAUGUUACCUGCUGACCAAGAGGGAGCGCCGACAACCUUAAACCACUGAUCCACUUUGAUCCCUGCUGGAGCUUGGAACCCUUCAUCACGCACGCACACGUAUUUGUAGACGCUGAUAGUUUUCUCAGAAACUGUUGUGUGUUAAGGUAGGAGAUAGGGUAUCACACCCAAAGGAAUCAGAUUUUUUUUUUUCUUUCUUUGAACUUGAGCAACACCCCCCCCCCCCCCCCCCAAAAAAAAAGAAUAUCCAGAUGAGAAGUCGCACUACAACUGCAGAUACUGUGGCUCCAGAAUUCAAACUCUAAGUAUCCUGACGUUCAGUUCAUCCUUCUGCAUUUAUUUUUAUUUCCACGUGUGCUCACUGGAGGGAAAGCUUGGCGCCAUGCUUUAAGAAUUGUUAGCAUUUGGGGAGGAGGAAGUUAUCUGAAGUAAAAGAAACCAAUGUGUGGGUCCGUUGUUCUGGAGGAUAACUGUGCGAUCUCCACGCUGACGUGUGUGACAUGCAGCCUGGAGGCGACACAGUCUUUUAAUCCGACUACAUAGGAAACUUUAAUUGAAAAUGCUGUUAUACAGUACACUCUUAGCUCUGGUUUUUGCUUAAAUGUUAAUGGAUGUGAUUUUUUUUUCUGCUUUAUGAAACGGUUGGAGAUUCUCAGUUUUUGCACUUUUUCCAUAUCAUUCCUAUUUAUAUGGGACCUACAAACUGAUUAUUCUCCAUGCUAAUUUAAUUAGAGUCAAACUGAAAUACGAUCACGGCAUUUGCUUCUUAACUUAUGGACGUCAUCAAACACAAAAAAGGAUUGACUAUAAAUCUUAAUUAAAUGUACAGGAUUAAAGGCAGCGUGUGAAUUUCAUCACUUCAUUUCUGUGUGUCUUUGGAAAA